AUGCGUAUAGGCAGUCGACUCGCUGUCGCAGCAGCAACACUCUCAACAGUCUUAGCUUACACACCAUGUCCAAUCUUGGGUCCAGUCUUUCCAGCUCCAUCAUCUCUCUGCGAUGCGGAUUCUUUCCAGGCCGCGUUGAAGAACAUAUCCACCACUCUCGACUACGCCGGUAAUACUGGCAAGACGCCAUACGGCAACAUACCCAGCAACGCUACUUCCUUCACGGUGGGAGUCUUUAGCGCAGACGAGACUCUCUUCUCUCAUCAGUACACUUCGCCAUGGCUCAAGACGAGCACGCAAGGCGCUACUGAAGUCGGCGUGGACUCUGUCUUUCGAAUUGGCAGUGGAAGCAAGUUAAUCACAACAUACCUCUGGCUAGUCGAGGUCGGCACGAAGUACUGGGGACACUCCAUCACAGAAUUCGUCCCCGAGCUUGCAGAGGCUCCCCAAAAUUGCUCGGCGUCAGCAGAUCCUGUCGAUUGCAUCGAUUGGGAUGAGAUCACACUUGGUGCUCUGGCAAGCCAUAUGGCGGGUGUUCCAAGAGACUACUCCACGCCUUUGGAACUUCUUACACAAGUCGCUUCACUGCCACCUCAGAUGUUUGGCGCUCCAGCACUUCCCGCUUCAACAUUUCCACCAUGCGGUUACAAUUUCACGAAUGCUUGUAGCGAAGAGCAAUACGCUGAUGGUCUUGCUGCGGCACAUCCAAUCUAUGCUCCAUACACUACUCCAAUCUACUCGAACGCCGGGUUUGAGCUGCUUGGCUUUGCCCUGGCAAACAUCACCGGAAGAUCGUUCCCAGACAUGCUUCAGGAAGAUCUGUUCAAUAAGCUCCACAUGGCCGACUCGAGCUACUUCGUUCCCAAGAAUCUCACGAACGCAGUCAUGCCUGGUGGACCCGUCAACUCCUUCUUCGUUGCCGACCUUGGUGGCGAGACACCCGAUGGCGGCAUGUACUCCUCCCAAGCAGACUUGAUCAAGAUGGGUCAAAGUAUCCUCAACGCUUCUCUCCUCUCUCCCACCACGAUUCGUCAAUGGAUGAAGCCCUCGACCUUCACAAGCCAGAUGAACACAGGUGUUGGCAUGCCAUGGGAGAUCUGGAGGGUGGCCACUCCUAGUAACCACAUCGUGGACCUCUACACCAAAUCCGGCGACCUCUUCUCCUAUAGCUCGCAUUUUGUGUUGAUUCCUGACUACAAUAUCGGGUACGUGGUGCUGGCCGCUGGCAAACAGACGACUUCAACCGUGGAGCAAAUCUCGGAUAUCAUGGCCGCUACGCUCGUGCCUGCACUGGAGAACACAGCGCGAGCUCAGUCGCAGGAAAAUUAUGCUGGAGUCUACAAGUCGGCCAACUCCAGCCAGGCAUCAAAUAUGACUCUCACCACCAACACGGGUGAAGCUGGUCUGGUAGUCAAGAGCUGGUACAGUCAAGGCGUGAAUCUUAUGCCCGUCCUUGCACAACUCUUCGUUGGAGCUCUGACGCCGGUUGAUAUACGCAUGUUCCCAACCAACUUGGUACAGCAGGUCUCGCCAACAAAGCAGCGGAUUUCCUACCGACUCAUUGUCAGAGCACUGGCUGAAGCGCCAAAUGGCGGGCUUUUCUCUUCGGACUGCGAGCAAUGGGCCAUGGUUGAUAGCAAGACCUAUGGUAAUGUUGGUCUGGAUGAGGUUGUCUUCGAGGUAGAGAAUGGUAAGGCGACGACUGUCAACCCCAGAGCAUGGAGAGCUGUGUACAACAAGACGGCGUCCGUUGGCGAAUAUGUUGAAAGAGGUAUCAUGUAG